CUGGGUGUCAGCUGAUGAGCAAUCAGGAGUCCUGCUUCUUCGUUUUCCGGCUGUCUUCAAACAGGAGCUGCUCCUCGUCCUCCACAGCGAACAGAGAUUUUUUUUCUCCCUUUCAUUUUUCACCUUCGUACAAAACCAGGGAGGGAGGAUACUUUUGUUUUCUCUUUCUUAAUAAAUACUCCUUUCAAAAAUUUUGAAAGUGGCUUCUGGGUAUUUGUGAGGUGGAAGAGGGACCCAUCGCCACUGAGUGCAGCAUGGGCUCGGAUGAUUCGUACAACUUUGUAUUUAAAGUGGUUUUGAUCGGGGAGUCCGGUGUGGGGAAGAGCAACCUCCUGUCCCGCUUCACCAAGAAUGAGUUCCUGCACGACAGCCGCACCACCAUCGGCGUGGAGUUCAGCACGAGGACCGUCCAGCUGGACAACUUCACCAUCAAAGCUCAAAUCUGGGACACAGCUGGGCUGGAGCGCUACAGGGCAAUCACCUCAGCCUACUACAGAGGAGCGGUUGGCGCGCUGCUGGUGUAUGACAUCAGCAAACAUCUGACGUACGAGAGCGCCGAGCGGUGGCUGAAGGAGCUGUAUGAUCACGCAGACCCUCACAUGGUGGUUAUGCUGGUGGGCAACAAGAAAGACCUGGAGAGCCUCAGGACCGUUCCCACAGAGGAGGCCAAAGAUUUUGCAGAUAAGAAAGGCCUCAUGUUCAUGGAGACGUCGGCGCUGGACUCCACAAACGUAGAAGCCGCUUUCAACGAAGUCCUCAAGGCGAUCCAGAAGAAGGUGGCCAGCAGAGAGGUGACCCGCGGCUCCAUCAGCGCAGUGACCCUGUCCAGUCCGCUGGGGCUGACAAGAGAGGCUCAGGACGAGCGGAAAGGCUGCUGCAAGAGUUCCUGAUGGACUGAUAUGUGUUGAACCAACACCAUGCUUGACUGAAGCUAAAGCCCUCAGCUUCUCUUUCAGUCCGAUGAGCGAGGCAGCGCAGUCUGUUGGAAACCUUUUUAGGUGUAAACUGUACAGUUUGUAGGUCAUUGAUUUAGUGCUCAGGCAUCGAGUGAAUCCGUCUUUUAUAGUCACGUUUUAUAUCAAAUGUUUCUUCAGAGCAGAGGGCCGGUGGGGAAAUUUCUACUUUAGGUAGCUGUGUCAUUCGUUCUCUUCAUGUUUUAAGAGAUGCUUUGCAAAGUCGUGUUUUGUUUUUUGUAAGCGGGAGAAUUUUGACUUGGAAUAAAUUAUUUAAAUGCU